AUGAAAUUUUAUGAACACGGAGACUUACAUUCAUAUCUUGAUGAAACUCAAGGAAUGCUUUGCUGGAGAGAUAUGAUUGAUAUGCUCUGGGAAAUAGCUGGAGGGAUUGAAUACAUUCAUGAGAAGGGAUUAUUUCAUGGAAAUCUUCAUGGAGGUAAUAUUUUAAUAGAGCAUGAACCUGAUUCAAUUAAUACACGUAUCUGUGAUUUAGGAUUGAAUGGUCCUGCUAAUAAAAUCGAUUCAAACGAAACCUAUGGAGUUCUUCCUUAUGUGGCUCCUGAAGUUUUGCAAGGUAAUCCAAUCACAAAAGCCUCUGAUGUUUAUAGCUUUGGAAUUUUAAUGUGGACACUCUCUGCUGGUAUUCGUCCUUGGUGUAAAAGACCACAUGAUUUGAAAUUAGCUAGUGAAAUUUGUAAUGGUCUUCGACCCGAAAUAAUUGAUGGUACUCCAAAUGCCUACAUUCAAUUAAUGACACAAUGUUUGCAAUCCGAUCCUUUAAGGCGUCCAACUGCAUCUGAAUUAAAUGAAUUAUUAGGCAGUUGGAUCACUGCCAUAUGUGACGAGCCGGAUCAGUCCGAAUUAUCUGAUCAGUUUGAUUUUGCUGAAGAGAAAAAAUUUUCCAGUUUGGAAAACAAUAUUUUUCAUCAGGAAGGAAUCCAUCAUGAUGCAUUUUAUACAAGCAGGCUCUUGUAUUUCCCUGAAUUGCAUAAUAAUGAUGAAAUGUAA